CUGAAUCGCAGGCAAAGAUCAAAGUCGGAGGCGCGCGCGCGGGCGGAGCUGGUCUGAUCUGGGCAGGGCUUGGGAGCUAGCGAGCAGAGCUAACUGCACGCUCCGUAAAACAUUGUCUGGCCGCUAGGAGCCAGAGCAAAGGGCAGAGGCAGGAACCCUCCCCCGCGGCUUUUUCCUCCUUGCAAAGUGUCCAGGGGCAGCACCUCGAGCCGAGUUCCCUGCUCUGGGGAUGAGGCGCCGGCAGGAGCAGCGGCGCACACCUGGGUAGCCGGCUGCGCCUGGCGCACGCAUGAUUUAGCCGGAGCAGCGGAGGAGGAGGCGGGCAGAGCGAGAGCUGGUGGGGCAGGGCAGGGGAGUCGCUCUCCGUUUCCCUGAGUGGGCGUGUGGGCGGCUGAGGAGGAGCAGCCACUGCUCCAUGGAGGCGAACAGUGGAAGUGAGGCGAGCUAGGCAGCCCAGCCGGCCGAGUGCCUGAGCGGCUCUGGCUCACCAUGGAUUGCAGCCUCAUCCGCACGCUCAUCAACAGAUAUUGUGCUGGGGAAGAGAAUUGGGUGGACAAUCGGACUAUUUAUGUUGGGCAUCGUGAACCUCCUUCAGGCACUGAAGCAUACAUUCCACAAAGGUAUCCAGAUAACAGGAUAGUCUCAUCAAAGUACACAUUUUGGAACUUUGUACCGAAGAACUUGUUUGAGCAGUUCAGAAGGAUAGCUAACUUUUAUUUUCUCAUCAUUUUUCUUGUUCAGUUAAUUAUUGAUACACCAACCAGUCCAGUAACAAGUGGACUUCCGCUUUUCUUUGUCAUCACUGUAACAGCUAUCAAACAGGGUUAUGAAGAUUGGCUUCGACAUAAAGCAGACAAUGCAAUGAACCAAUGCCCUGUUCAUUUCAUUCAGCAUGGCAAACUGGUUAGAAAGCAAAGCCGAAAAUUAAGAGUUGGAGACAUUGUGAUGGUAAAAGAAGAUGAAACAUUCCCAUGUGACUUAAUAUUUCUGUCAAGCAGCAGAGGGGAUGGAACAUGUUUUGUUACAACAGCUAGUUUGGAUGGUGAAUCUAGUCAUAAAACUUACUAUGCUGUUCAAGAUACCAAGGCAUUUCAUAAUGAACAAGAUAUCGAUGCACUGCAUGCUACCAUUGAAUGUGAACAACCUCAGCCUGACCUUUAUAAAUUUGUUGGUCGAAUAAAUGUUUACCAUGAUAGGAAUGAACCUAUUGCAAGGCCAUUAGGAUCUGAAAAUCUGCUUCUUAGAGGAGCUACUUUAAAGAACACAGAGAGAAUCUUCGGUGUUGCUAUAUACACUGGCAUGGAAACUAAGAUGGCAUUAAAUUACCAGUCAAAAUCACAGAAACGAUCUGCUGUUGAAAAAUCAAUGAAUGUAUUCCUUAUUGUAUACCUCUGUAUUCUAAUCAGUAAAGCAAUAAUAAAUACUGCCCUGAAGUAUGUUUGGCAGAGUGAUCCAUUUCGUGAUGAACCGUGGUAUAAUCAGAAAACAGAGUCAGAAAGGAAAAGAAACCUGAUACUUAGAGCAUUUACAGACUUCCUUGCGUUCAUGGUUCUUUUCAACUACAUUAUUCCUGUAUCAAUGUAUGUCACAGUGGAAAUGCAGAAGUUUCUUGGUUCUUAUUUCCUCACUUGGGAUGAAGAAAUGUUUGAUGAGGACACAGGUGAAGGACCUCUGGUGAAUACUUCUGACCUCAAUGAGGAAUUAGGACAGGUUGAGUAUGUCUUCACAGAUAAAACGGGAACAUUAACUGAGAACAAUAUGGAAUUCAUAGAAUGCUGCAUUGAAGGGCAUGUUUAUAUACCUCAUGUCAUCUGUAAUGGGCAAAUCCUCCAUGAUUGUACAGGCAUUGAUAUGAUCGACUCUUCUCCAGGAGGAAGCGGGAAAGAGAGAGAGGAGCUAUUUUUUCGGGCUCUUUGUCUUUGUCACACUGUUCAAGUGAAAGAGGAUGACAAUAUAGAUGGAUUAAAGAAAGCCCAAUUGUCUGGAAGAUCUUGUGUGUAUAUAUCAUCAUCACCUGAUGAAGUUGCUUUAGUUGAAGGAAUACAGAGGCUUGGUUACACAUAUUUAAGGCUGAAGGACAACUUUAUGGAAAUUUUAAAUCCAAAAAAUGAUAUUGAGAGGUUUGAAUUGUUAGAGAUGUUGAGUUUUGAUUCCGUAAGGAGGCGAAUGAGUGUGAUUGUCCGAUCAGUGGCAGGUGAUAUUUUUCUGUUUUGUAAGGGAGCAGAUUCAUCUAUAUUUCCUAGAGUUACAGAAGGCAAAAUAGACCAAAUACGAUCAAGAGUUGAGCGCAAUGCAGUGGAGGGACUGAGAACAUUGUGUGUUGCAUAUAAAAAGUUCACACGCAAAGAGUAUGAUAGUGUGUGCAAGCUGCUUCAGAAUGCAAAGCUAGCCCUUCAUGAUCGGGAAAAGAAACUGGCAGAGGCAUAUGAGCAGAUAGAGAAAGAUCUUAUUUUGCUUGGUGCUACAGCUGUUGAGGACCAGCUGCAAGAAAAAGCUGCUGACACGAUUGAAGCACUCCAGAAAGCUGGCAUUAAAGUUUGGGUUCUGACUGGAGACAAAAUGGAGACUGCUGCUGCCACAUGCUAUGCCUGCAAACUCUUCAGAAGAAACACACAGCUACUGGAGCUAACCACAAAGAAAAUUGAGGAACAGAGUUUACAUGAUGUAUUGUUUGACCUAAGCAAAACUGUCCUAAAGCACAGUGGCAGCUUAACCAGGGACAACUUCUCCGGACUUUCAACUGAUAUGCAAGAUUAUGGUUUAAUUAUUGAUGGAGCAGCAUUAUCAUUAAUAAUGAAACCUAGAGAAGAUGGGAGCUCUGGUAACUAUAGAGAGCGCUUUCUUGAAAUUUGCAGGAACUGCAGUGCAGUGUUAUGCUGUCGAAUGGCACCUUUGCAAAAAGCACAGAUCGUAAAAUUGAUUAAAUUAUCAAAGGAACACCCUAUCACAUUAGCAAUUGGUGAUGGAGCAAAUGAUGUCAGUAUGAUUCUAGAAGCACACGUUGGUAUAGGAAUCACUGGAAAAGAAGGCCGUCAAGCUGCAAGAAAUAGUGACUAUGCAAUACCUAAAUUUAAACAUUUGAAAAAAAUGUUGCUUGUUCAUGGGCAUUUUUAUUAUGUUAGAAUAUCAGAGCUUGUGCAAUACUUCUUUUAUAAGAAUGUCUGCUUCAUUUUUCCUCAGUUUUUAUACCAGUUCUUCUGUGGGUUUUCACAACAGCCUUUAUAUGAUACUGCGUAUCUAACACUGUACAAUAUCAGCUUUACAUCUCUUCCUAUCCUCUUGUACAGUCUAAUGGAACAACAUGUCAGUACAGAGAUGCUCAAGAGAGAACCUUCACUGUACAGGGAUAUUACCAAGAAUGCUCUUCUGCGCUGGCGUGUAUUUAUUUAUUGGACAUUCUUGGGACUGUUUGAUGCUGUGGUUUUUUUUGGUGCCUAUUUCUUGUUUGACAACACAACUGUGACCAGCAAUGGACAGAUGUUUGGAAACUGGACCUUUGGAACACUGGUGUUUACUGUGCUAGUAUUUACAGUUACAUUGAAGCUUGCACUAGAUACACACUACUGGACAUGGAUAAACCACUUUGUGAUCUGGGGAUCGCUGCUGUUCUACGUUAUCUUUUCCCUCCUCUGGGGAGGAAUUAUCUGGCCUUUUCUCAAUUAUCAGAGGAUGUACUAUGUUUUCAUGCAGAUGCUGUCUAGUGGUCCUGCAUGGCUGAGUAUCAUUUUGCUCAUAACUGUCAGCCUUCUUCCAGAUGUACUCAAAAAGGUUUUAUGCAGACAGUUGUGGCCCACAGCAACAGAAAGAACCCAGAAGAGUAUGAAACAUAAAACAACUCUAAAUGCACUGGCGAACAGCGAUGGGCCACUUCUUGAAGGAACUCUUUCAGCUUCCGAGGCAUAAUUAGAUCAAUGCUAGAUUAUGUCCAGGCACUGUUCGGACCACAUUUCAGAAUUCGCACCUCUUGCCUCUCUGAAGAACC